AACAGAAUCACAGCACAGCAGCUGUUGUUUGCACGGUUUCGUCGCACCAGUUUCAGUUGAACUAUCGCCGAGAUCGAACGCCUUUGGCUUUUUGCUGAAUUUCGGUUUUUCGUUUCAGUUUCCCUGAGUUUGUUAUUGUGAAUAGGUAACACUUCUGAAUCAGAACGGCUAUGCAUCAGAUGCUUUUUUCAAAAUUUCAUAAUAUCUUUCGUCGCGUAAACUGUGGCUUAGCAGCUCUUCAUCAAUGAUGUUUAUCAACCAUGCCGUACUUAGCAGAGAAGCUCGAUUAACAGUGACGCUGCCUCAAUGGGCCGAAUUAACGCUCCCGCCAAGAAAUAAUUUAUUAAUAGUCAUCAGCAACCGAAAUUGAAAGUCAUUAGAAGAAGUGCUUUUUGCGAGUUUGGUAGACUGUAAUUUAUUGUUUUUGCAAACUACAGUUUCGCAUAUAUCACAACGACCAAGUAGACUGGAGAGGAAAUUAACUCGUCAUGAGAAGGCAGUGAGGAUAAGUUAUGCGAAUUUGAUAGGAGCAAAGAGCCCGAAAAUGUAACUCAUAAAAAGCUAAUCAAAACACCACAAAGCUUUUCGGUGGAUUGUCAGUGGGAAAUAAUGCUCGUUUUUUCGAUAGCGCAAUGUUGUAAGUGAUUUUUAUUGUUGGUGGUAACAUUGCGUCGGUAAAUGUGAAAAACGAAGAAUAAAUACUGUUCAUACGCAACCACUGGCGAAGAAUUGAAACCAGCAGCUGAAUGUGUGAAUUGGAUUUGAGUUUCUCUUUAAUAAGAUUAGCAAUGUGAUGGAAUAGAGUGGUUUUGCAAAGGUGAAAGCUCAACAGUAGGAAUAUAUGUGCUCAACUGUGUCCAGUAAUAAUAGUUUGUGCAACCACAGUUUAAAUGUACAAUAUAUGCGUGCUGCACUCAACUCCUAUAUAGGAAGGCCUUCAAAACGUGAAAAACGCGAAUCUCUACGGGAUAUAUUUUUGCCAUAGAUGAGAAAUAUACCGAGAAGCAUCGUGAUGAAGCUAUCCGAGAGCAAAUCCGACACAUCCAUCAUCACCAAUCUGUACAAAUCAAUUAACCACAACUACCGCCGGUUUUCCAACACGAGCAGCGUGUUGCAUCGUAUUCCGGAGAUGGAAAUUGGCUUCAUGAACAUCAGCGAUGAAUAUGACAUCGAGAAAACCAUCGCCGAAGGUUGCUUCGCAAAGGUGUUCUUAGCGCAUCAUCGGCCAACCGGGACCACAGUCGUACUCAAAGCAAUUCACACGGAGCUUACAACACUGAAGGAAUUCAUCAAAGAGUUCCACUACAACUAUCAGCUGAGUCACCAUCCAAACAUACUUAGCUGUUAUCAGGUUAAGUUUCAAACGAGCGAGUACUAUGUCUAUGCUCAGGAACACGCCCCUUUCGGAGACCUGGCAGCUAACGUCGGUGCUAACGGUUUGCAAGAGUCGAGUUGCAAAAAGAUUGCCGAACAGCUCAGCUCUGCAUUGGGUUUCAUGCACCUGAAAGGACUGGUUCACCGUGACCUGAAACUGGAAAAUAUUCUGGUGUUCACACCAGAUUUUUCCCGAAUAAAGCUAUGCGACUUCGGCACGACCACCCGCGAGGGCAUUCUAGUUAAUAAGAACAAUAAAACAUGGAUAUCAUUCCUACCACCAGAAGUAUUAGAGGUUGUGAAAAACGAACGAUUCAUUUGCAAAUCGUCUACAGAUUCGUGGCAGUUUGGAAUUAUUAUGUAUGUUUGUCUGAUAGGCUCGACACCGUGGAAGUCAGCGGACUGGGUUCGCGACGGUAAAUAUGCCGCCUUCAUGAAAUAUCAGAAGCGAGAGACUACCAAAAUUCCGGAUAACUUUCGUCGAUUUACUCCCCGUCUGCUGCGAGCAUUCCGGCGAAUUUUCGAUCAUAACGAGGAGGAUCGUGCUAAAGUGAGUGAUAUAAUGAAGUACAUGAAAAAUAAAUGGUUAGAUAACAAAAUAACCACAUCCAAAUCCUCCUCAAAUAUUGCAAGCAAUAUCCUUCAACAACCGUCUUCCGAUCAAGAUUCGAUCAAAUACAUCAACCAUCGGGAAAGUCGGAAUUCCUUCGAUGGUCGCAUUCGAGCGCGGAGAAUGACAAGUUUCGGUGGCCUCACGCCCGAGCCAACGUUCGGUGUAGAUCAGGAAUCCACACGAAAUAAGGUGCUCGAAUGGCUAGAGACUAAUGACCUCAACUGCCACGACGGUGUGGAUGAUAUGAAAGAUUUCUACUGCUGGAAUAAAAAUGAAUCGAAAUCUUACCAGUACUCGAAGCAUGAAUCGAUAAUCGGUUCGGCUUCUAUGAUGACCGCGAUGACAAUGGCGACGACGACGACAAUGACAACCGCGACGACGAGGGAAGCUGGCAGCACACGCAGUCGGCAUCGAUUUAAAUAGAAUUGCUCUUCGUGGGACCCUCCUGAUGCUGUGCUAUUUCGUUUAGCGAUAGAUUCGGUCCCCGACACCGCUAGCUGCUGGAGCCAAGACAUAGACACCGAGCGAGAAGAUGUUCCCCUCCUUUAGCAGUCCCCGCGCUGCCUGGUCGUCUAGUUAAAGCAUAGAUAGUACAUGUGAUUACAUUAAUUAUAUGUGUGAUAAGAGCGAGAAAAAUAUGUACAUAACCAAAGUCAGCAAAAGAGCGUAGAUGGUAUUAGAGAAGAAAAUAUAGUUUGUUAGUCUUUUAGCAGGUGAUACAGUGUAAUAUAUUUACAUAUAGGUAAUCAAUUGCAUCUAGAGCAGGACGGAAGUAACCCUUAACUGUACCAAGAAUAAAAAAAACAAUGUUAAACAUGUAAUAAUUGUUUCCUUUGAAUGUUACGUUUAUAUACAACAGAAAUGCGAAGAAACUGUACUGUAGGGGUAUAAUUUGUAACCGUCUUUAAAAAAUAUGGACCCUUAUAGAAUUGAAAGCGAAGAAACUAGAGAUUUAUAAUAAAUGAACUUAUUAAUUGGAUA